UUACUUUGUAACUGUUAUGUAUGACAGUAUGAAAGUAUUUAUUUUUGUUUCAGGAGUAAUUUAUUUUUUAUGUCUUGUCCUUAUUAGAUGAAGCACCAGUUGAAGUCAGUGGCAGCCAGAUAGCUAUUAUUGUCAUAUUUGUUGUAAUUGGAGUUGGAUUUUUUGCUUUAGCUAUUGUACUGAUAAAAAAGAUCCAUAAGGAAAAAAAACAAAAAAGGGAGAUGGAUUUCUUUAGUUAUGCUCAAUUUGAGCAUGGACAGUUGCAUAUGUUCAACCCUGACUUGCCUUUGGAUGAGCAGAUAGAACUUCUGCCAUAUGACAAUCGUUGGGAAUUUCCAAAAGAAAACUUGAAACUAGGCAAAACAUUAGGCCAAGGAGCCUUUGGAAGAGUUGUGAAGGCAGAAGCUGUUGGAUUAGGAGAUGCUGAAACAACAACAGUUGUUGCAGUUAAGAUGCUUAAAGAGCAUGCGGAUCAAGAACAGAAGAAAGCCUUGAUGGCAGAGUUGAAGAUUUUAAUUCACUUGGGACAUCAUUUGAAUAUAGUUAAUGUGCUGGGUGCUGUUACUCACAAUGCUACUAAAGGAGAGCUUAUGGUAAUAGUGGAGUAUUGUUGCUAUGGCAACAUUCGUCACUAUCUCCUUCAACAUCGUGAAAAUUUCAUAAGUCAACUUAAUCCCAAGACUGGAAAGAUUGAUCCAAACAUCUGUACUCUGCCUGGGUCAGCUCGAGUGGUGGACAAAAAUGACAUAACAUAUUUUCAAACUCCAAGCUCUGACCACGUAAUGGCUGUUGAAAACCCAACAUAUAAGGAAAGAUCCCUAAAAUAUGUGGAACUCACACAUGAUCAAACUACAAGAUCAACCUCAAACAGUUCAGGAACAAGAAUGAAAGUUUCAGUGUCAACUGAGUUUACUGAUGUGAAUAGUGAGGGUUCAACUAUUAAUUCUGGAUAUUUUAACAGAGCAUCUGUUAAGAAAAAAGAUGAUACUUCAAAUGAGCCCGUGUCAACUUGUGACUUGCUAUGUUGGGCCUUUCAGGUUUCCCGAGGAAUGGAAUAUUUGGAGUCCAGAAAGCUUAUUCAUCGAGACUUGGCAGCCCGAAAUGUCCUGUUAUCAGAAGAUAAUGUUGUGAAGAUAUGCGAUUUUGGCCUUGCAAAAGAUUGUUAUAAAUACUCCAAUUAUGUCAAGAAAGGAGAUGGUCCCCUGCCAGUCAAGUGGAUGGCCAUUGAGUCAAUAAGAGAUAAAGUCUUUACCAUUCAGAGUGAUGUUUGGUCCUUUGGAGUUUUGAUGUGGGAGUUCUUUACCCUUGGGAGUAAUCCAUAUCCAGGGAUUGAUAUUGAUGAAGAAUUCUAUAAGAAACUAAAGAACGGGUACAGAAUGGAAAAACCAGAACUGUGUCCUGAUGGAGUGUUUUUGUCUUCCACCUGUGGCCUUUCUUCAGGCUUCGGUGCGGCUUUGACUGGGUACUGGUACUAUGUUGAACUGAACAACCCUUAUUUGAUGAUGAAUGAAACUUCUCACAAUAAUAAUGAUUACCUAACAAUGGAAGGAACAAAUACAGACUACACUAACAUGAGACAAAAUGAUCAGCUUGCUUCCAAAGAACCUGAAGCCAGGUUAUCAGAUCCUAGGAGCCAUUAUGACAACAUCAGCACAUGUCGACCAGUUGGAGAUGGUCCAGCUCCAAAAGAACCCAUGGAAGUUGUUCCCAUGAUCCAGUUAGAAUCUGUCGGAGACACAUGGCAUGAUAGAAUGGCAUGUAUUCCAGAGGUCAACCCUGAGGAAAUGGCCCUAAAUGAAAGCAACAUUCCUGAUUAUUUGUUUAUGGGAGGAACAGACAAUGAUAAUCAAAAAGUCACCAAGAGGAAAAAGCUUAGUGAUUCUGUGUUUACUGAUCCAGAGGAUGAUACACAUUCUGGUUCUAUUAACAUGGCUCCUCCUUCCUACAGUCUUGUAGUUGUAGACUCUCCAUCUGGAUAUGAUGUGUGA